AUGGUGGCUCAAAGUGAACUUACUUUAGAAGUGAAACCAAGUUUAAAAUUUUGUUUUAAAAUGAGCCGUGGAAGCGACUGGCUUAAUCUUUUUGUACACCAAGGCAAGGAGUUUAUCGACAGCGUUUCUGGGCCGAAAAAGGGAGAUGCUUUAGGGUCUGAAUCGCAGAGAGAAGAUUCGAACAGUGCUACAAAUGUUGGGGUGUCAUAUGCAAAUAGUUCGGAUGGCUCGAUAACUUUUGAAGGAAAUGGGCCUGUAAAUGACAAUGGCAGUGGUUUAAAAGCUGAACAAAGUACCAGUAUGGCUGCAGGGGCCGAGGCACACAGCAGCUCAAGUGUUGAGAAAACUACUUUAACUCAAGGAGAAAAGGAAAUUUAUGAAAAUCAGCUUGAACAGCUACAGGAACAAUUAGUUGAUAUUAUGAUCAAAAACCAAGAGAUGGGUAUGGACGCAGAUUAAGCCUAAAACGAGGAUAAGAGUUGAUGAGAAUUGAAACUGUCGCGCAUGUUUGACCACCAAGCUGACAUACUUUCCGGAAGCGUGUAUUUUAAUGAGUGUUGACAACAACAGAUUUUGCUAUAUGCUAAUAAUAUCUGGUCAUUUCUGAUCAACUCUCAUCAACACUUAUUCGGUUAGCACUUUUUUCCACCCAGCAAACCGCCCUAUCGAUUUUCUAAAGUCGUUUCUUUUUUGAUUUUUUUAUUAAUUAAUUCGGUUAGGGUUAGUUAGGGUUGAGGUUAGAGUUAGGGGUUAGAGUAGGGGUAGGGUUUGGGUUAGUUACAUAGCCAUUUAACACCUCUUCUAUCUUGCGGAAAUGACAUCAGGUCAGUUUGCUGGAUGGAAAAUAGUGCUAACCCACUUACUCUUGUUUGGCUGGGAAAUGAAAGUUGGGAAAACGGGAAUCUGUUAUAAUAAAUAAUCUGUUAUGAUCGGAACCAUUGCCAAAUAGGGAGGUUCAGAAUUGAUACCAGUUUCCACUAUAGCUACCUCUCAAGGCUAAUUUCCACUCAGGAAAAUUAUCUGUGGAUUGGAACGGACAAGAAAAGUUUUCUUUGUCUUGUGAGCUCUGGGUUGGAACUAAUAACUUUAACACUGACAAAGAAAAAUUUUGUUGUCCGUUCCAAUCCACGGAUAAUUUUCCUGAGUGGAAAUUAGCCUUCACAGCCUAAGGCUUAAUAUGCAUUUGAUUGCAUGGAUAGAAUCAUUGCAUCUGAUUAAUGGUAACUGUAGUGGUAGUGGAAGUCAGAUUAGCGAGGUCCAAAUUUGACUUCUAUUACUGCUACCACAACCUCUAAAAUUGGUUAAUCGGAUAUAUUUCAAACGCAUCUGAUUGGUUAUAAAUGGUUCCUCGAUGGUGGCGUUAUCAGUAGUGGAAGUCAAAUCUCAACCUCUAAUAGUCUAAUAUAGAAUGUGUUACUGGUAGUCUGGACAGUUUGAUAUGUUAACAUGCAGGAAGAUCAAGGGUGGAUUUUCAUUUUUUUUAAAGGAGGAGUGGAAAAAUUUCCUGUGGGGUCCAAGCGGCACUACUGAGCGAGCUUCGGCAGGGGUUAGGGUUAGAGACUUUCACACCAAAUAGGAGGGGGUGAAGCGAAAUUUUGGUGGGGUUUAACACUUUAUAAGUGGGGUUAGAUGAGGAAGAUAAAUGUUUUGUCAGACGUCACAGGUCAGAAAAGGUUGGAUCGCUUAUAAUACUUCGUUGCUAAGUCCUUGAUUUGUUUGGCUUUAGAUGCAGAACUUUCCUUGCUACGGGAAAGCGAUGUUUGUAAACUGACCAAGGAAUUGGAUAGAGAAAAAAUCAAACGAAAACAACUGGAAGUGAAGCUAAAAAAAGUGAAAAACGAUCAUGAUACUACUCCAAAGCUAAGGUUAUGUCAUGUAUAUUAUUCAUAUUCUGGUUUGAUUGUCCUAAUAAGCUGUGAUGCUUCAAGUUCUAAUAACAACUACCCAAAUUACAACCCAAACCUGUAUGAUUCAAGAUAAGAAAUUCUAAUGAAAAUGUAUAGCUUAAUUCAUUGAUUGAGCACCUGAGUGCUCUCCCCUUCAAGAUGAGUAAAAUUGUCUUGCUUAAGACAGAUUAAGAUGAUAAAGUAGGGCACAUUAGGGUGCAUUGUUACUUAAUGGGUUAACUAAACAAUGGACAGUCUGAUUAACCCAUUGAGUGCUGUGCUCUUCUCUUAACAAGUAAAAUUGUUUGGCAUUAGACAGAGUAGAAUAAUAAAGUAGGCUGCAUUGGGGCACAUUGCAACUUAGUGGGUUUAAUGUACUGCCUGGAAAAAGUUAUACAAUAUCUGAUAUGAGUUGUGUGACUAUUGUUUUAACAGAAGGAGGAAGCGAGCAGAUGAUUCAACUGAGCAGGACGAGCAGUCAACCAGUGCUGACCAACAGAUUACAAACAACACAAAUGUUGUCAAUAACGAUCAAUAUGAAAUACCUCAAGGUAAUAUGAACAAUAAUUAUGGUCAAAGUGUACUUAAUUAAUUAAUAUGUUAUAAUUAUUAAUUAAUCAAUUAGUUAUUAAUUAAUUAUUUGUUUAUUAAGUAAUCAAUUAGUUAUUAAUUAAUUAAAUGAUUAAUAAUUAAUUAAUCAAGUAAUAAUUUAUUAAUUAAUUAUUAUUAAUUAAUAGGCAAAUUAAAUUAGUUAUUUAUUUAUAUGUAAAUUAUUAAUGUACAUUAAUUAAUUUAAUUACCCCACAUGGCAUGGGUGAAAUAUAUCCUAAUUAUAGUAUUUUAAUUUCAGGUCCAGUUGUUUGAUGUAUAUACAAUAUUGCAAUACUUAAUUAUUGAAACUUGUUUCUAGGUGACCAAAGUCGUGUUUCUCGAUUUAAAUUCUGGGCAUAUAGUUUGUAUGUGUCCCUAACACAGAGAAUUGUAUUGACUGUGAGUAUACGAUGUUCAAAUGCAAUUUUUACAACAUGGUUGUAUGCACUAUCGAACAGUGUUCAUGCAUGAUGACAUUAUAUUUCAAUUUCUAGUUUUGGAACAUUGUGUCUGAUCUCUCAGAUGACGAAACAGUGGGAGAAACCAUUGAUGAGGAUGUUCCUGCAUUGGCAGUGAAAACGUAAGCAAUUGACAAAUGAGUUUGUCUUGUGUGUUAACCCUUUAAUUUCCCCUUGACGAAUAAUAUCAUCUGGUGUUAGACAGAGUAAACUAAUAAAGUAGGACACAAUGCAACUUAAUGGGUUAAUUCUUUUAUUUUAUUACCGUAAUUUACAGGUUGAAAGAUAAUAUUAACAGAUUUUGUAAGUGAUGAGUAUUUCUUUAAUACAUUAAUUAAUACUUUUUCAACUAAUCAUUUAUGUUGCUGUCAGAAUGCAGCACAAGAUAUUACACUUUCAUUAAUGAAUAUCAUAUACCGUAUCUGUUAAAUAUAGCAAAUGGGAUAAAGCCAAUCAAAGAAUUUAUUAACAAAAUAACUUGGGUUUUAUCUUGGAAAAAUCCUGCUGCAACAAUGUUGAUAUUUUUGGUAAGUAUACAGAAAAAAACAGUAUUGCAAUUGUAGAUGUUCAGACUAAUUGUAAUUUGUUUUGAACAAAACAUUUUGUGCCUUCACUGAAAGCCUUCUUCUUUCACAGGUCUAUGUGUUUUCAUUUUGGCAUGGUUUUAUUGUCUCGUUACUUUUGUUUCUUGUCAUUGUUCAACUUUCUGCAAACUUCAUUUACAGCAGGUAUUCUUCGACAUACUUGAAAAUCCUGUCUUAAAUUUAUCAAUAAAUUAUUAGAAAAUCUUAUUGUUAUUGGUUAAAACUUAUUUCAGGUUUGGAACCAUCUCUGACACAGAGACAACAGAGGUAAGUUUUCUUUGUUAUGGGUAUGUUGCAUAUAUGUUUACCAGUCAUGCUCUGCAUGUUUGUCAUCCUUCUUUCCUGAAGACUACUGCUGAACAAGCAAGUUGGAGUGACAAGUUUCAAGUUGUACUUCAUGUUGCACGAAAAGUUCAGGUUAGCAAACUUUUUUGGCUUUGAUAUAAAAUUUGGGAAUAGCUUGUGUGACACUAUUUUGAUGUGAGUAGCUAAAGUUUGUUUAAAUUAUGUUGUAGCUAGUGCAUGGUGUGUGAUUUGACCUUUCAAAUUUUCACAUUUUGUAUAGAACAUAUUGGGUAAUUUAUCCGAUUAUUUGGAAAAAGUUAAAAAGUAAGUAUAUAAUUAUUCUAUUCUUUAAUUAACAUAGUGAUUUAUAGGGUUUGAAACACCAAAUUAGUGUGUAAUUACUUUGAGUGCUUAAUAUAAUUUCUGAAAUAUACCAGUAUUUCAAGAGACAUUUAACACAAAAGUUGAGUUAAUAUAUGAAUGUGUAUUACUGUGGUACCUUGACAAUGGUACAGUAUAUGGUCCUGAUCGACUUCCUUUGUGUUUUGCUCAUGAUUUGGAUAAAUAAAUGUCAACACAACCCAUCGUUCAAAUCACCUUGCAUCAAGAUGCGUUUCCUAUAUUCGUAGUUUGUUAAUUUGGAAAGCUUCUCGUGUGACGUUGAAGCUCUACAUUGUGUUAUGGUUGCUGUUUAUUUCGUCAAUAUUCUUAACUGGGCCGCAGUUUGUCAUGCUGCUGGGUAAAUACUUCUACAUCAUUUUGGUCUAUGCAAUAUUUUAGUCUCAUGUGUUGUAUAUGCUGAAUUGCUUCGUUGAAAAGUAACUUGCUCAAUUUCAAAUUAUUUCUUAGGUAUGGUGCUUGGCUGUAAGUUGUUUGUUAUUUCACCUGUUUAUAAUAGAUUUCCAAAGGUAAAAGAAUAGAUUAUAAUUGUGAUGUUAGUGAGUGGUGAUCAUGAUGGUGGUGAUGAUGAUCAUAUUGCUGGUGAUGAUUAUGGUGGUGAUGAUGGUGAUUAGUUGUGAUGAUGAUCAUAGUGCUGGUGAUGAGGUGAUGAUGGUGCUGGUGAUGAUGAUGGUGAUGAUGGUGAUUAUAGUUGUGAUGAUGAUCAUAAUGCUGGUGAUGAUUAUGGUGAUGAUGAUGGUGAUUAGUUGUGAUGAUGGUGAUUAUAGUUGUGAUGAUGAUCAUAAUGCUGGUGAUGAUUAUGGUGAUGAUGAUGGUGAUUAGUUGUGAUGAUGAUCAUAGUGAUGGUGAUGAUGGUGGUGGUGAUGAUGAUCACAGUGCUGGUGAUGAUGAUGGUGGUGGUGAUGAUGAUCACAGUGCUGGUGAUGAUGAUGGUGGUGAUGAAGGUGGUGAUGAUGGUGAUUAUAGUUGUGAUGAUGAUCAUAGUGAUGGUGAUGAUUAAUGGUGAUGAUGAUGGUGAUUAGUUGUGAUGAUGAUCAUAGUGAUGGUGAUGAUGGUGGUGGUGAUGAUGAUCACAGUGCUGGUGAUGAUGAUGGUGAUGAUGAAGGUGGUGAUGAUGGUGAUUAUAGUUGUGAUGAUGAUCAUAGUGAUGGUGAUGAUGGUGGUGGUGAUGAUGAUCACAGUGCUGGUGAUGAUGAAGGUGGUGAUGAAGGUGGUGAUGAUGGUGAUUAGUUGUGAUGAUGAUCAUAGUGAUGAUGGUGGUGCUGGUGAUGAAGGUGGUGAUAAUUGUGACCAGUCGUGAUGAUGGUGACCAGUCGUGAUGAUGAUGGUGACAAUGAUGAUUGUGGAAGUGAUGGUAGUGAUGAUGAAUGAUGGUAGUGGUGAUAUUCAGAAACUGCCGAAGUGGUUGAGUAACAUAAAAACACAAAUUUUAUUUUAUACUAAUUGUCUGUAGCUCAAGAAAAGAUACGAUACGACACAUCACUUGUGGCUUGAGUUACCUACUGAUUGUGAAGUUGGUGCUGAGGAUGUGGAUUAUGAGGUAUAAGAGAAACUCAUUAGACUAAUUUUGUUUGGACCUAUUAUUUAUUUAAUUCUAUGAUUUCUAUUUCUAUUCACAUUUUAAUUGAACAUGUAGUCACCAGGCUCCAGCAGUCAUCGACCGAGUGUGGCACUGAUUUCCGACUCGUCCAUGACAAACUCCAUAUUAUUUUGUGAACGAUACAAACUGACAAGUGACGAAGUUUUUGUUAAAGGUAGUUGUACAACUGUGUAAUUAAACUCGCCUUAUUUAUCACUGACAGAACUAUUCUGUAUGGAUACCCAUCCAAAAACAAGUUGUCAACAAUGUUGUUACUGUGAACAAGCUUUGGUUGGUAGGGAUAUGCAACAACCUGAAAAUAUAUAAGGAGAAUUUCGACGUUUCGAGCGAAGGCCCUUCCGUUAGUAACUCCAGACCAGUGAACUGUAAUAACACUGGAACGCUAACUGCAGAUAAACAUGCCUAUACUUGCCUGAAGCCAAGAUGGCGCUUCUCGCGAGCUCAGCGAGCAAUAAAUUAACUUUCAAAAGGACUGGGGAGAGUUUCGAGGAGCGGGAAAUUCAGUCAAAAGUUUGUUUUUGAGCGAAAAUCAGCAAGAAAAAGCACUUUUUUAUCAAAAGGCUUCAACUUAAAAGAUUCAAACCUUGUUUCCUGGAUAGUCCUAAGUAUUUUACAUCUACUAACAGCAAAAACUUCCUGGGUAACAGCUUGAUAUUCAAAAUAUUACACAAGUUUGAACGUGCCGAAAAAAACUUCGCACUUUGACUCCUGAAAAAAGAACUUUAUAACUGCUGUACGUUUUGGAAUCAUGUUUUGUAUUAAAUUUCAGGUAUAGUUGAAAGUUUUUAGCUUUUUUCCUUGUUGAAAUACAGCUAUUUAGUGGUCGAAAACAGACAUCUUUUAGGCGGCGUAUUUUCCACUCCAUACCUACAUGGCGCGCCAUCAUGAGUGGCUUCAAAGAUGGCGGCCAAGUUAUCGUUCCAGUUCUCUUAGAGUUCACUGCUCCAGACGAAGGGCCUUCGCUUGAAACGUCGAAAUUCUCCUUACUACCUACACUGGCAAAGACAGUUCAAGAAUAUUGUUACAGCAUUGUUACUAGUGAAUAAUGGUGUAGGAAUGUUCGGUAUGAGAAAUUUUCGGUAUCGGUAUACCGAAAAAAUUAUACCGAUAUUAUCGGUAUACCGGUUUUCCUGAAUGAAAUUUUGAGUAAUUCUAAAAGGGAAAACGAUCAUUUCGAAGCUGUUUCGAACAUGUUUCGAACGACACGUAGUGGAAAUUGAAGUGGAAAUUCUAAAUCAUUGCAGUAGAAAGUUAUUUGAAUUGCCAUUCCGUAGUAAAAUAAAAGCUAUGGUUUCGCCAUAUAGUUGGUAAAUUUACCACGGUAUACCGAAAAAUUCCGGUAUACCGAAAUUUCGGUAUAUCGGUAUGGUUGAAUAUCCGGUAUCAAUAUACCGAUAUUGAUUUAAUACCGAUAUUUUCGGUAUAUCGAUAUACCGAACAGUCCUAUAAUAAAUGGUGUAGCAACAUUGUUGACAACUUGUUCUGAGAGUGCAGUUCCUUGGUCAAGCUUGUCGAUAUCAACCGGAAACAGGUUGUUCGUUUUCACGCAUGUUGUAAUCGCUUCACUCUUCUCCCAUUGUACUCAGGCUACUUCAUGUGAGGGAUGGAUCCAGCAUGAACGAGCUAGAAAGAGCAUGUUAAAAUUAGUAAAAUUGCAAAGUUUGGCCGCGAAAUGUUUUAAAAUGCGGAAAAUAUACCCCAGCGAAAUUUGCAAAUUUUGUACGGCUAUAUUUUCCACAUUUUUCAACAUUUCGCAACCAAACUUUGCAAUUUUACUAAUUUUAACAUGCUCUUUCUAGCUGUGGUGAUGGAUUUUGUUCUUCUUGCCUAGAUCCGUUGAAGUCAGUGGCCUAAACUUUCUUCUUUGUGUUUUGGUAGGCUGGGAGGAUGGCUGGAGAACCAGUUUAUUGGACAAACAAAGACCGCUGGUCAAUCCAAAACAUGGCAGACUUUAUCUCACUCAAAAGUAAGAUAUCUUUGGAAUGACUUUUGCCGCUUUUGCUGUAGUGUCCAUGUUGUAGACUCUUGAUGAUUAAAGGUAGAAAAGAAUUUAUAUAAAUGCUCAACAACUAAUAAGGCUACUGCUGUGUACUGGCGAAGUUAAUAAAUGAUAAUAAUUCUCGUUUUUAGCUAUCUCUGUUUUGAACGUUCACGGACGAACACAGCCAAGAAUGUGUUAAUUAAAUUGAGUGAUAUAAGAUGCGUGAAUAAGGUACGUAUCCAGUAGAUUAUUUAUAGGUCAGAGAGCAUCAGGCACAGAAUAGAGAGUCUGAGAUCCUACAGAAGGUCGACUUCUAGGUUUUGCCUAUGAUUUUGCCGUAUCCGCUGAAAUGACGUUAUUUCAAGCCCUGCUAGAUGACAAUAUUUUAUCCGACAACUUGUCUCUCAUAAUCAUUCCUUUCUGUUUCAGUAUAAGCCAUUCUUUCUUCUGCCUGGUACCGGAAUGUCAAUAGAAGUUUGUAUGAAGGAUAGAAACGAGGUACACAAAACUAGUUGUAACCUUUUGGCUUUCUUGGCAUAGUUGAGUUAGUUAAUUCAUCUGUCUUUCACCUCACUGGACUGAUAGGAAGGAAAAGUUACAAAUGAUAGAUAUCUACAGUGUGUAUAAAAGAGUUAAGAGGCAAUUUUUUUCAUGAAAAGUGUUCAAAACCUAAAAUCGUUUUGGCGUUCUUCUCGAAAGUCAAAACUAUUAUGUUUUAGCUUUAUUUUGUAGUUUACACAGUUAGCAAUCUUUUUAAAUGUAUUUGGCAGUUGAGAAACUCAAAAUAAUAGUGAAAUAUUGUCGACUGUUUAAACACAAUGAUAUAUCAUCGAUGCCGUAAAAUUGUCGCCAUAUUUAUACAGCAUGUAAUAUAAGCAAAACUUACCGAACUUGAGAGAUCAUUUUCUCUUUCGCAAACCAUCUAAAAUCUCUUCGUGUUAGCAUAAAUUUACAGAUAAAGCACUAAACAUACUUUUUAAGUUUGUUUGCCGCUUGAGGAACGUAUCAAAAAUUGAAAAAUUUGAAUAUAUAGUCAUAACCAAAUGGAAAAGUAUAAUUGAUUAGUUUUGAGCGCAUGCUACGUAACAUAUACAAAAGAUUUUCCUCUUAACCUCUUAAAUUAACUGGUUUUUCUCCUUUUUUUUCAGCUGCCGUACAUAUUUGGUGCAAUGAUUAGUCGGGAUGAUGCGUAUAACGAUAUUAUGCAGACGGCAAGAAAUUCUGAAUUGUCUUGGGCAAAGUGA